AUGUCUUCCACCUUCCCCUUCUCCCUCAGCAACCUCCCAACCCAACUCUUCAUCAACAACGAAUACACCACCCCCCAGAACCCCACAACCCUAAGCGUCUCCAACCCCACAACAAACACCCUAGUUUCCAAUCGCGUGCCCCUCGCCGGCGAAUCCGACGUCGAGGCCGCCGUCGCCGCAGCAGAAGCCGCCUUCCCAGCAUGGAAAUCCACCCCCGCAGCAACCCGGCGGAGCAUCAUGCUCAAAUUCGCCGCGCUGGUCGAACAGCACUCUGCCAUUCUCGGCGAGCUGACAAGAAUUACCCUGGGAGCUCCCUACGAGGCUUUUGGGAAGUUUGAGAUUAGCCUCUGCGCGCAGAGCUUCGAGUAUAAUGCGGGAUGGAUCGAUAAGUUUGCGGGGGAGGCCUAUCCGCAGCAGGAUGGGUUUAUGCGCAUUACGCGUCAUGAGCCGCUGGGCGUCACGGCUGGUAUCGUCCCCUGGAAUGGGCCGUUGGGCACCGUAGGACUCAAGGCUGCCCCCGCGCUCGCGACAGGGAACUGCUUCAUCCUCAAGCCCUCGGAGAAAACACCCUUUGCCGCGCUCGCCCUCGGCCGUCUAAUCCGCGAGGCAGGCUUCCCACCAGGCGUCUUCCAAGUCCUCUCCGGUGACGGCUCAACAGGCGCGUUACUAGCAAGUCACAUGCGCAUCCGCAAAGUAAGCUUCACCGGCUCAAUCGCGACAGGGAAACGCAUACAAAAGAUGGCCGCGGAAUCGAACCUCAAGCGCGUUACCCUCGAGUUAGGCGGGAAGUCUCCGGCGGUUGUCUUCGACGAUUGUAACCUCGACAACGCGGUGACGUGGUGUGUGAACGCGAUCACGGCGAAUAGCGGGCAGGUGUGCUUUGCUGCGUCGCGGGUGUAUGUCCAGGCGGGGAUCAUGAGUGAGUUUUCGAGACGGUACAAGGCUGCGCUAGAGCAGCGCGCGAAGGCCAUUAAUGACCCUGAAGAGAAGGGGACGCUGAUGGGCCCGCUUGUUGAUGAGGCGCAGUUUAAGCGCGUGCAGGGGUUCGUUGAGCGCGGGACGCAGGCUCAUGCGCUGCUCACUGGUGGGCAGCGAGUCGGCGAGAAGGGCUUUUUCAUCCAGCCGACGGUGUUUACAGACGUCGAGCCAGAUGCGGAACUCUACCGCGAAGAGAUCUUCGGGCCAGUCUCGAUCCUCAACUCCUUCAAGACGGAGGAGGAAGUCCUCGCCAAAGCCAAUGCAACCGAGUAUGGGCUGAUGGCUGGUGUGUUUACGCAGGACAUCAACCGGGCGAUGCGGGUUGCGAGCGAGUUCGAGUCGGGCAUGGUCGGGAUCAACUGCAUCAGUCUGAACUUCUUGAAUGUCCCGUUUGGGGGCUCGAAGCAGAGUGGCCUGGGCCGGGAGUGUGGGAGGGCUGCGUUGGAGCAUUUCACCGAGACCAAGACCGUCAUGAUUAACUUGAGUUAUUGA